AUGGCAAAAUGGUCACUUUUAUUUUUAUACUUGUUCCAAGGAAUACUCCCCCUCAUCUUUGGGCAGCAGCAGCGCACAGCCGGCCCUUGGCGGCACCGCAUUCAGUGGGAGAACAACGGGCAAGUUUAUAGUUUAAUGAGCACUGGAUUAGAGUACCAGGCUCCGGUUCGGUCCAGAAGCCUGUCGAGGGUUUAUGUGAGCAGCAGGAGGGAUGCCACCAGAAGGCAAAUGCCGGGAGCGCAUAGGGGAGCGACGCUCGUAAGACCCGGACAGGCUGAGUCCAGACAGCUCAGGACUGAUCAGGCUGUGGAGCCAGGAUCUAUCGCGCCAGGACACGCUGUUAGACAGUAUGCGCCUUUUACCGGUCGUGCGUCAGGGACCAGAGAGCAGCCUGAGCGUCCUUCCGGAGCAGGAGCCGCGGGUUAUCCAGGCGCACGACGCCUUAACCCUGAACACAGCAACACCAUCAAUGCCUCUGCACCGGGGAGGUUCACAGACUUUCCAGGCAGGCCUGCCACCGCACUGCACACCAGGGGAGGAGAACCAGGGCCCGGUGCGCAAUACCAGCAGUUACGCGGGGUGCCAGAGAUGUCUGUCUCCGCAGACAGACAACCCGCGCAGACAGAUCACGCCAUCUCAGCAUUUCCACAAAGGGAAUCUGAGGCUCCUGCUCCAUUCACUGCCCCUAGUGAGGAUGUUUCAAACGAGGCAGCCGUUAAUGGAGAGGGCAUGGUUAACGACGACCCUCGAAACCCGUUUAAAAACCACAGGAAUUCUGUUUUCCACAACAUGUAUCCCACAAGAGGGAGGUCAGUGGCCCGCACGCACCGUCCGCCUGGCACGGGAUACGGAACGAGAUAUUUCCAAAAUGGACUGCCAGACCUCGUGCCAGACCCGUAUGCCAUCCAGGCAGGUGCUUAUAUCCAGCGCAUGCAGAUGUAUGCGCUCCGCUGUGCAGCUGAGGAGAACUGUCUGGCCAGGUCGGCUUAUGGACCCGCCGUGAGAGACAUCGACUUCAGAGUUCUCCUGCGGUUCCCCCAAAAAGUGAAGAACCAAGGCACCACAGACUUCCUCCCUGUCAAGCCAAGAUAUCAGUGGGACUGGCACAGCUGUCACCAGCACUACCACAGCAUGGACGCCUUCAGCAACUACGACCUGCUGGAUGUCGUCACUGGACGUAAGGUGGCCGAGGGACACAAGGCCAGUUUUUGCCUGGAGGACACAGGCUGUGACGCCGGAUUCAGGCGGCGCUACGCCUGUACGUCUCAUACACAGGGCCUGAGCCCAGGAUGCCACGACAUCUAUGCUGCCAACAUCGACUGUCAGUGGAUUGACAUCACUGACGUGCCUCCAGGAAACUAUAUCUUGAAGGUUACCGUCAAUCCCAAUUUCCACGUCCUGGAGUCAGACUUCACCAACAACAUAGUGAGAUGUGACGUCACAUACACAGGAGUCUACGUCCAGACACGCAACUGUCGAGUAACAAGAGGUUGA